GCCUUCCGCCGCCGCUAUUUGCUUCCUCCUCCCUCUUAACCUUUGUCACUCCUCCGCCUACUGACGACCACUGCACUGAUCGCCGAUCGCUGAUCCCCCUCCGCCUCCUCCUUCUCUUCCUUCUGCAGCCAACAGGUGAGUGAAUGUGAACUGAUCAGCCUUUGCGGAUUCGAAUCAGCAAACAAGGUUGCGAAGCUUGUCUCUUUGGAUCUCCUCCCCCUUGUACUCAUCCACUCAUUCACUUCUUGCUUCCUUACCUCUGCUCCACCGCUGCUCUACUUCUACUCCUGACCAAACACAGAUCCGAUUUAAUCGACACACCACAUAUGCCCAGCAUGAGCAUGCCUCAGCAGCUGCCUCCUGUCAAGCAGGAGCCCUACAUCAAGACCGAGCCGCUGUCGCAGCUGCCCAGCGUCUCGCAGCCCUACCACCCUCAGCCUUCGUUCUACAGCCAGCAGCAACAAGAGUCCCAGGCCAAGGGUGAGCUAACUCCGUUGCCCAAUGUCUCCCAGCCAUACCACCCUCCGCCUCCGUUCUGCCAGCAGCAGCAACAGCAACAAGGGUCGAGCUACUCUUCGAACCACCAGUAUGGCCAACAGUCGCACCAGUCUUACUCCUCCCCUUCUUCGUCUUCGUCCUCGAAUGGCCCCAUGGCUUCAUUCUCGAACCUGGCUUCCUCAGGCAACUACAACCUCAGCAGGCACAUCAUGGCCAUGAACAUGCACCAGAACCCCGCAGUCUCCUCGGCCUCCACAGCUGUUCCAAGCGGCACUACCACGCCCGUGGUCCCUAAUACACACCUCAACACCAGUGCCUUCUCCAGCGCUCCAUCAUCGCCUACGCUGAACAAUAUGCAGUACCAUCCCAAUGGUGGCAACUCGCACCUGAACAGCAAUGUGAACAGCAAUGUGAACAGCAACAGUAACAGUGGAAGCAAUAGUCCCUAUGUUCAGCAUCAAUCCUACGCAUACCAGAGUCAACAACAACAGCAACAGCAGCACUCGUACUCACACCAGACCAGUCAUUCCAGUGAUCUGAACUCGAACAACUAUUACAAUUCUUCGCCACCUUAUGCGUCUCAGCAGCAGCAGCAGCAGCAGCAGCAACCGCAGCAGUCGCAGCCCCAUCAUGGCGGCGCUAAUGUUGGUGGUAAUGCAGCCCAUGUCCAGUUCAGUUCGACCGCACCUUCGCCGAUGCGUCAGCAUCAACAAUCCCAAUAUGCAGCCUUGGUGCCUCCGCUAUCUGAUUCGCAGUACGCACAGUACCGUCAGCUGCUUGGUUCGUCUGCAUUCAGCUCGACCCAGAGUACGCCUUAUCACUCGAACCACUCGACUCCCUACAGCUCCAUGCCGGGGUCACCGACGCACGAGUACCAGCAAUUGAAUGAGGCCCAGCUCUCACAAAAACCCAAGCGUCGCCAGGUCAAGAAUGCAUGCGGUAAGUCUUGUUCUUUCGUCCUCCUUGAAUCAUAAUGUACUCGUCCCUGUUGGGUUCGUUAUUACGAUUGAAUUGCUGAUUAUUUAUGGGCUGGUGUACUCACCAACAAUGUAUCGCCACAAACAAACAAAAAAAAAAGAUGUUUAUUGAGCAACAACGUGGGUGUGGGACAUGACGCUGGUUUGAUUGAGGAUUUCGUUUUCUCGUACUGGCUGAGAAUGAACCCUCGACUCUAUUCAAGAGAUUAUUCAAUCCUGGGAAAAAAAAAAUUCUCUCUAUAUUUAUCAGCAGGUCUUUCUUAUUGUGUGAUUCACUCAACUCAAAAGGGGAUCACCUCAUUGC